AUGGAAUUUGAUGAGUGGGCAAUUAAAUUUAUUGAUACACCGCAAUUUCAAAGGUUGAAAGAAAUAAAGCAAUUAGGUUCUACCUAUUUUGUUUAUCCUGGUGCAAGUCAUAAUCGCUUCGAACAUAGUUUAGGAACUGCGCACCUUGCUCAUACAUUUACAAAAAUAUUACAGCAAAAAGGCGCUGGAAAAACGGAAAAUGCAGAAAAUGCAGAAAGUGAUUUAAAAUGUGUGACUUUGGCCGCUUUAUGUCACGAUCUGGAGGAUCUUAUUAAAGAACUGAGAGAGUUGGAAGCGGAUUCUUUCGAACUAGAACCAGAAGAGGAAAAAUUCAUAAAGGCACUUAUUAUGGGAAAAUCAGAUGGAAUAUCAGCUGGAAUAGCAAUUGAUUAUAUGAUAGCAGAUGCACUUGUAAAAUCAGAUUCAUACUUUAACAUCAAAGGUGCAAUUGAGGAUCCUAAAAAAUAUAUCAAACUGAAUGAUUCUAUUUUGAGUACUAUCGAACAUUCUGAUUGCGAG